AUGGUGCUGGAGAUGAUGCGUAAUAUAAAAAGUGGUGGAUUUCCCCUUCAACAGGAGAGGCUGUCGGUGCUGCAGAAGAUAGCUGAAGAGCACCAAAUGUACCAGAGUUACGUCCUGAAGUUCCAGGCCUGGCUGGUGUCCAAGGCUAAGGAGCUGAACACCCUUAUUGAGACAGAGGACACAGCCGAGAACAAGCUCAGAUCCCUACAGGUGAGAAUAGUACACCCUAGUCACACGACUCCUGGGAGGGACAGAUGAGAGUUCAGCCUAGUCACAUCACAGUUCUUUUAUUCAUCUCUUUUCUUUGCCGUCUGUUUAAAAAAAACAAAAAAACAAAAACAAUUUUAUUGUUUUAUUGUAAAGUUUGUUGCGAUUUUUAAAUGCACUUUGAAUGAAGUUUGAGAAGGGUGGAGAAUAGUGACACCGCCUAACUCUCUCUCCUCUCCACUCUGUCAGACCCUGGACGACAGUGUGGCCAGUGAAGAGCGGAUGCUGCAGCACAUUGAGGGCAUGGCAGAGGCGGUGCGGGCCAACACGUCCCCCGGGGGGGCGGCGGUGGUGGAGGAGGAGGCGGAGGAGCUUCGUUUGGCCUGGCAGAGGCUCCGACAGAGCCUGUGUGAGGCCGGGGAGGGCCUGAGGAGCAGCCUAGACUCCCAGAGCCAGUACCAGAGCCGCUGCCAGCGCCUGGGGGAGGACAUCGCGCAGCUCCAGGCCCUGCUCCACAGACUGACCAGAGACCUGGAGACAGCCAUGGAGGGAGACAGGACUGAGGAACAGAUGGUUGGGCAAUGGAGGAAGUACAUGGUAGGUUUUAUACACGCUCUCAUUCUCGUUCUAUCUCUCACUCUCAUUUUCUCUCGCUCUCUUCCUAAUUUCAUUUCCUUGUUGUCUUCCUCUACCCCUCUCUCUCCAGUCUUCCCUCUGCCUUUCUUUUUAGACCCUUCUCUCUUCCACUCUUAUCUCCUUCCCCUUCCUUGUUCAUUGCUUUCUUUUUCUCUUUCAAUGUCUCUCUGUCAAUUUCACUCCUCAACCCUAUGGCUUACAGCUUUAGUUACUAGCUAUAACAAGGGUCGGACACGGCAUCGGCAGUUGCUCUAACUAUUACCUUGCAGGAAUUUGCCCUCUGGCUACAUGCUUGGGAGAGGUGUGGUGGAGAUGACAUAGAAGAUAAUGGUUGUGGGCUGGUAUUGUAUCCUCACAGUCAAAAUGUAGCUGUUGUGUGCAGGUGUUGUGGGGCAGGUUCCCACAGUCUAUGGAUUUGUAUUGAUUGUCUGAAGUGGCUUCCUUCCUCUUCUAAUCUCCUUCAAUUCAAUGAUGUCAAUUAAUUGGACAGAUGCAAGGAAAUGCCUACAUAAGCUUUCAAUACAUUGCUUUUACCUGUCCUGUGUUUUCAGAUCAGAUCAUAGGGCUUUAGUGAAAAGUAGUGCACUAUGUAGGGAAUAGCGUUCCAUUUAGGACUGUAGAUGAUGGAGAGGAGAUGAGGCUCGGAAGCUACAGUAGAUUAUUGAGAUCGGUCUGAAAAACAAAAGCUAGCAGAAGAGUGAAAGGAUUAGUAUAGUCAUUUUAUCCCAGUGUCUAGACCAGGUCCCAGAUUCACAAAACCUUCUUAAGAAGACAUUUCUUCUUAACUGCCAUUUUUUUCUUAACUAUAGACUUAAGAAGGAAGUUAAGCAAAGUUGCUGUUCCUCAAAAAGGUUAUUGGAAAAUGUAUUGCGCUAUUUCUUACAGUAUGUUUCUCCUUAAGCAAAAAGUUAAGAAGAAAUGUGAUUCUUGAAAAUAAAGUUAUUGGAAAUGUUCUUAAUUCCAAGAUAGCUAAACCCUUGCCUUAAACUCAGGGCAAUGAGAGAAAAAGCUCAUGAAAGCAAUUGAACAUGUUUAAUUCACACACAAACUUAAUCUGAAAGUUUCAGUAUUAAUUAUUUUAAACCCAAGAACAUGUUUUAGAACAGUAAUCUCAGUAAGAAAUAUGCUAACAUGAUUGCCAUUGCUAGCUAGAUAGCUAGCUAAACGGUUGCCUAGCAACAAACAUCUUAAGAAGAUUUGUAAGAAUGUAUUUGAGAAGUUCGUAAGAAAAUCAGUUAAUCUUAAGAUAUUGCUGAGGAAUUGCACAUAUGAACUUAUUUUUUUGCAAAACCUUAUCAAUUAAAUGUUAAAUGCAAAGUAGGCUUACCUGACAUAACUAUAUCAAGAUUAUUUGUAUCAAUUGGGUGGGGAUUGUUUUGCAAACUCUGCCAUGAAGUGCUGCAGCAGAAUUGUGUUGUUCAACAACACAUACUGUAUUUUCUAAGAGUGUAGGCCUAACAGCAGAAACAUCGCCAGACCGAAACAUUUCUCUCUAGACUUCAAAAAUAGUCUUCUGAUGUGAUUUAAGCAUUGACAUGGACAUCCAUUUUCAUUGUUUCUCUAUGAAUAAUUAUCAAAAACCAGGAAAAAUUCAACCGAGAAAAUAUAAUUUUAGGGGGCCCCCUUAGAAUUGUUGAUUAACCAUUAUUUUACCAGGUGUAUUGACAGGAAAAUAUAUUGUACACCAAGGACCCAUGGAAGAGGUGCAGGGUAGAGUAGAAGAGAUUCGUUUUUUAUUUUUUUUGCUAUAAAAAAAAAAAGAGUAGCUCGCAAUGUUUCAAUUUGUAAAAGUAGCUCUCAUCCUAGAAAAGGUUAGAGACCUUUGAUCUAGACAAAUGCACUUAACAAAUUACAGCAUCAGAGGCCUCUUGGUGCCUGCUGCUUUCAUUCCACUGAGGUCAAUUUCACCCUUGUCAAGGAGGAUUGCAAUAGUGGUUUAAAAUUGCUUGACAUUAACAUGAAUUACGUCAAGUUUAAACAUUUCCUCUUCUAUGGGAGAAAGGUCUUGUAUAAAAGUUUAACUCUGGCACUAAGGAGGAAAUUAAGUUAGUGUUUAUCCCAAUUUGGUUGUUUUUGUUGUUGGUGUGUGCUUUGUGUGUAGAGAGCGAGUUGCCAGGUGCCCAGGCUGGUCUCUGUGAUAGGUUUUUAAACAAUUGUUCUGAUUUUCCCUUUUGGUAUUCCCCCUCUCAGAACGUCCGGAAUACUCUGUCAGCAGAGGAAUCCCAGGUGGAGAACCUCAAGGCCCAGCUUAAAGAACUCUUCCGCUUUUCCCAAGAUUCACGGCAUCUCUCUGACGAUGUCCUGGCUGUGGUGAAGGAGCACCAG